AUGCAGCCCUGCCCUGCAGGAGACCCAAAAAAGGAGCUGCAAGCAGAACUCAAACAGGAGCCAGAGGAGAAGCCUCUCACCCCCACACUCCCCCUGCUGGAGUCCGCAGAUUGGGGGAUGGAGCUCCAGGGUGUGUGGAGCGUGGCCAACGGCUUGAGAGUUGAUCAGGAACAAAUUGGAAGCUCGGAGCAUGGAGACACCCGGUUAGAUGAUGACUUCUCUCCUCCGCAUUACACUGAUUCUCAGAGGCCACGCUCGGAGAAGGACGAAGGGUCAGCAUCACACCUUGAGCAGAAACAAAAUGGCUGCCCUCUAGAGGAGACGAGCAUUGGUAGACCAACUGAUGACAUUUCGGCAGAGAUGCCGUUCCCUCUGGGUUCUCCAGGAGAGUGUGAUGGAAGCGCCCCGUGUGAGGCUGGUUCUGACACGUCAGCAGAAGCAAAGAGUCCCUGCAGAACUGAGGGACAGGAGGAGGAGUUCAUCUGCACACGCUGUGGGAAGACGUUCCCGGACGCUCUUGAACUGAAGACACACAAGGAGCAGCACAGCGCGGGGAAACGGUUCAGCUGUUCAGAGUGCGGCAAGGGUUUCACUUCCUCCAGCAUCCUGGAGAAGCACAAGCAGGUUCACAGCAGGGAGAAACCAUUCACCUGCUCUGUGUGCGACAAGAGCUUCUCCCAGUCACACAUCCUCAAAGCACACAAACACACUCACACAGGGCAGAAACAGUGCACUUCUGUGGAGUGUGGAAAACGCUUCAAAAGGAAAACCUUGUUUAAAGCCCACCAGCGUGUUCACACCAAAGAGAAACCGUUCACUUGCGAGCAGUGUGGAAUGUGUUUCUCCCAGAAGUAUCAUCUUAAGGCUCAUCAGAGAGUCCACACAGGGGAGAAACCCUUCACUUGCGAGCAGUGUGGGAAGAGCUUUGCCCGUCGUUCUCAUCUUAAAAGCCACCAAACGGUCCACACAGGAGAGAAACCCUUCACUUGUGAGCAGUGUGGAAAGUGCUUCUCCCUGAAGAGCAAUCUUAAAAUUCACCAGAGUGUCCACCCAGGAGAGAAACCCCACUGCUGCACUGUGUGCAAUAAGAGUUUUUUCUAUCUCAGUGUUCUUAAGCAACACCAGAGAAUCCACACAGGAGAGAGACCCCACUGCUGCAACGAGUGUGGGAAGAGCUUUACCUCAUUAGGUAGCCUUAAAUAUCAUCAAAGCGUCCACACCAAAGAGAAACCAUUUGCUUGUGAGCAGUGUGGAAAGUGCUUCUCUCUGAAGAUCCGUCUUAAAACUCACCAGGUGACUCACGCAGGAGAGAAACCCUUCACUUGCGAGCAGUGUGGGAAGAGCUUUGCCCGUCGUUAUCAUCUUAAAAUUCACCAGGGUGUCCACUCUGGAGAGAAACCCCACUGCUGCACUGUGUGCAAUAAGAGUUUUUUCUAUCCUAGUCUUCUUAAGCGACAUCAGAAAAUCCACACAGCAGAGAGACCCCACUGCUGCAACGAGUGUGGGAAGAACUUUACCACAUUAGGUAGCCUUAAAUAUCAUCAAAGCGUCCACAUCAAAGAAAAACCAUUUGUUUGUGAGCAGUGUGGAAAGUGCUUCUCCCUGAAGCACCAUCUUAAAACUCACCAGGUGACUCACACAGGAGAGAAACCCUUCACUUGCGAGCAGUGUGGGAAGUGCUUUGCCCGUCGUCAUCAUCUUAAAUCUCACCAAAAGGUCCACAGCGGGGGGAACACCGUUCAGUUGCACACGGUGCAGCAGGAAUUUCUCCCAGAAUCACACUCUUCAGAGACACGUGCUUUCUCACAAUCAGGACUCCAGAUUAACAACGUCCCAAUGUCCCAGGGUGAUAAAUAAUGUGUUCGGC